UAAAAAAUAAGUGCCAAUAUUAAAGGAGUAGUCUUUUUAAGCUGAGACAGUGACUUCCUAAACAAACCCAACAAUUCUCUAUCUUUGGAAACCGCUUCUCAGUGAUUCCUACUCUGCAUCCUUCACAAACCUCAAAUCAAUCCGUUCAUCACCCAUUAUCACUAUUCACCGAUGAUCGUUGUUCUCUAAAGCAAACCCUGAAAGGGAAUUCGAAGAUCAAACCACCACUACUGGGAAGCAAGAUAUAUAUAUCGAAAGAGAGCUUGGGUUGUGUCGAUUUCAUACAGGAAGUUAGGUACGUUGAAGUAAAGAGAACUAUAAUUCUCUUCUCAUCUCCUCACGAAGUCUAAGCCAAGUGGCAAAUAUUUCUACACUGAGGAAUCUACAAACGAGGCCUGAUCAGUUGGGUUUGGUUAUCUUUUAGCCCAUUUGUCUGUGGAUGCCACUAAUAAUUAUAUGAUUUGAAAAGGGAACAUGCUGUCGAAUCAUCUUCAGAACGGUUUGGAGACUGCCAAGCUUGUUUGGUCUCGUCUGCCAAAUUCAGAAGAUGGUGAAUUGGAUGAGCUUGGCACAUCGAAGAAAAAUGAUGGAAGCAGCGUAGAGAGUUUAGAUUAUGAAGUUAUUGAGAAUUAUGCCUACAGAGAAGAACAGGCACAAAGAGGGAAGCUUUAUGUUGGAUACUACGUGGUUGUGAAAUGGUUCUUGGCAUUACUUAUUGGGAUUGGUACUGGAUUGGCAGCUGUAUUCAUUAACAUUUCAGUUGAGAACUUUGCUGGAUGGAAGUUCUCAUUGACCUUUUCUAUAAUCCAGAAGUCUUAUCUUGCUGGAUUUUUUGUAUAUGUGCUGAUUAACUUGGUAUUAGUCCUGUCUUCUGUAUAUAUUGUCACAUAUUUUGCACCAGCUGCGUCAGGAUCUGGUAUUCCUGAAAUUAAGGGUUAUUUGAAUGGAGUAGAUACCCAUGGCAUUCUCUUUUUCAGAACCUUGGUUGGGAAGAUAUUUGGAAGCAUUGGUUCAGUUGGAGGUGGUCUAGCUCUUGGAAAAGAAGGCCCUCUUGUACAUACUGGUGCUUGUAUUGCUUCCCUCCUUGGUCAAGGUGGAACCACAAAGUAUCAUCUUCGCUCCAGAUGGCUACAGAUCUUUCAAAGUGAUCGGGAUCGCCGAGAUCUUGUAACAUGUGGAUGUGCAGCUGGAGUUGCUGCUGCUUUUAGAGCUCCAGUUGGUGGUGUCCUAUUCGCGCUAGAGGAAGUCACAUCAUGGUGGAGGAGUCAGCUUAUGUGGCGUGUCUUUUUUACUUCUGCCAUUGUAGCUGUUGUGGUGCGUUCUGCAAUUGGAUGGUGCAAGAGUGGAAAAUGUGGGCAUUUUGGCUCUGGUGGUUUCAUAAUUUGGGACGUCUCAGGUGGACAAGAGGACUAUUCAUUUGAGGAGUUGUUUCCUAUGGCAGUCAUUGGUGUUAUAGGUGGUCUUCUUGGAGCCUUAUUUAACCAGCUUACUCUUUAUAUGACUUAUUGGAGACGGAACUUCUUGCACAAGAAAGGAAACCGAGUCAAAGUUAUUGAAGUGUGUCUUAUCUCCUUGAUAACCUCGACCAUUUCCUUUGGAUUACCACUUUUUAGAAAAUGCACUCCUUGUCCAACCUCUGAUUCAGAAUCUGGUAUUGAAUGUCCUCGUCCACCUGGAAUGUACGGGAAUUAUGUAAAUUUCUACUGUGGAAAGGAAAAAGAAUACAAUGAUCUUGCAACUAUCUUUUUCAAUACCCAGGAUGAUGCCAUAAGGAAUCUGUUUAGUGCAAAAACAAUUCAUGAAUACAGUGCCCAAAGCUUGCUGACAUUUUUGGUUAUGUUCUACUCCUUAGCAGUGGUGACGUUCGGGACUGCUGUCCCAGCUGGUCAGUUUGUUCCUGGGAUUAUGAUAGGUUCCACAUAUGGCCGUCUUGUUGGGAUGUUUGUUGUCAGUUUCUACAAGAAGCUUAACAUUGAAGAGGGCACAUAUGCACUGCUAGGAGCUGCUUCAUUUCUUGGAGGUUCCAUGCGGAUGACUGUUUCACUUUGCGUAAUUAUGGUUGAGAUCACAAAUAACUUGCAGCUUUUACCUUUGAUCAUGUUGGUUCUCCUUAUAUCCAAGGCUGUUGGGGAUGCAUUCAAUGAAGGUCUAUACGAACAACAGGCUCGCCUGAGGGGCAUUCCAUUGCUUGAAUCAAGGCCCAAGUACCAGAUGAGAUAUAUAAAGGCAAAAGAUGCAUGCAGAAGCCAACAGGUUUUGUACUUUCCACGCAUUGUCAAGGUUGCUGAUAUAGUUUCCAUGUUAAAGAGCAACAAACACAAUGGUUACCCUGUUAUAGAUCACAAGAGAAAUGGCGAAACACUUGUUAUUGGCAUCAUGCUUCGCAGCCACUUACUGGUACUCUUGCAAUCUAAGGUAGAUUUUCAGCAUGGUCCUUUCACAUCUGAUUCAAGAGGUGGUUCCUUGCCUAUAAGGCACAACUUAAGUGAAUUCGUGAAACCCGUUUCAAGUAAAGGAAUAACUAUUGAAGAUAUUCACCUAAGCUCAGAUGACAUGGAAAUGUACAUAGAUCUAGCUCCAUUAGCUAACCCUUCUCCUUACAUUGUCCCUGAAGACAUGUCCCUAACAAAGGUGUACAAUAUUUUCCGUCAACUAGGAUUACGACACAUAUUUGUUGUUCCCCGUGCUUCUCAUGUUGUUGGAAUGAUUACAAGAAAGGAUUUAUUGAUGGAGGAGAAUGAGGAUUCUGUGGCCAUGGAACUUCAAUCGACUAGUGUAAGAAGGAAUGACAGAAGACAGGUCACUAGGAGUGCGGAAACAGAGACUCCACUUCUGAAUACUUUCCUGGAUAAACGCCGCCCCCAAAUCUGAUGCAACAUGCAAAAUUUUCCCCAAAGUCCAAUUCUUUGUUUUCUUUUUUAUAAUUUAUGGCACUAGUAUUAGUAGAGAAAUUUCAUUGAGUAUCUACUCGAUAGAUCUAAGUAGAUCCAGGUCCCAACUAACAGGCCAAUAUGUGAAUGUUCAAGUACUAUGAAAAUAUAAUGCAGAAGGUUGACGCAGCAUAUUCAUCUUUGGGGUCUGCAAUAGGUAACAGAUAUGAUAGGGAGAUCUAACUACAUGAAAAUAUAUUUUGUUUUGCAAGGAUUCUUUACAUUUUCUGACUUACAAAUAAGUAUUCACUUCAGUGAAGAAUGUGGGACUCUACAUUAAUGUUAUUUCUUAAUUCAAUCUCAGGAUAUGAUACUGA